AUGGCAUUGCCCGCCAUGGCUGGGUCAGUGCUCCUGCUGCUGCUCUGCGCAACCUGCAGAUUGGCGCUCGGAAUCACCGACGGUCUGCUGCCGAACGGAAACUUCGAGCGCGGGCCGCGGGCGUCGGAGCUGCGGGGGACGCAGGUGGUGGGCACGUCGUCGAUACCGUCGUGGCAGACGUCGGGGUUCGUGGAGUACAUCCCGUCGGGGCGGAAGCAGGGGGACAUGGUGCUGGUGGUGCCGGAGGGCGCCUACGCCGUGAGGCUGGGCAACGAGGCCUCCAUCGCGCAGCGGCUCCGCGGCACGGUCCCCGGCGCGCGCUACUCGCUGACCUUCAGCGCGGCGCGGACGUGCGCGCAGGCGGAGGUGCUCAACGUGUCCGCGUCCGGCAAGUCCGGGGUGCUCCCCAUGCAGACCAUGUACAGCAGCAAUGGCUGGGACUCGUACGCCUGGGCCUGGGUGGCCAGCGCCGACGAGGUCGAGGUCGUCAUCCACAACCCCGGCGUCACCGAGGACCCCGCCUGCGGCCCCCUCAUCGACUCCGUCGCCAUCAAGACGCUCACGUCCCCUCGCCGCACCAACAAGAACCUGGUGAAGAACGGCGAUUUCGAGGAGGGGCCGUACAUCAUCCCGGGUACCACCAAGUGGGGGGUGCUGAUCCCGUCGCGGAUGGUGGACGACCACUCGCCGCUGCCGGGGUGGAUGGUGGAGUCGCUCAAGGCCGUCAAGUACAUCGACAGCGACCACUUCGCGGUGCCGCGGGGCCGUCGGGCCGUGGAGCUGCUGGCGGGCAGGGAGAGCGCCAUCGCGCAGGUGAUCCGCACCGUGCCGGGGAAGCAGUACGCGCUGUCCUUCAGCGUGGGGGACGCCAGCAACGCCUGCCGCGGGUCGUUCAUGGUGGAGGCCUACGCCGGCAGGGAGUCGGCCAAGGUGGCGUACGAUUCGGCGGGGGAGGGCGGCGCCGCCAAGCGCGCCGUGCUCCCGUUCCGCGCCGCGUCGUCGCGCACGCGCGUCCUGUUCUUCAGCUCCUUCUACAGCACCAGGAGCGACGACAUGAGCUCGCUCUGCGGGCCGGUGAUCGACGACGUCGCUGUCGUCAGCGUGCGUGCGCGUGUGCCGAAGCGCGCAUAG